AUGCCCUCUUAUACUGGCAAAGCCAAGAAGAACGUUCGGAUCGACUUACUCCCACCCGGUCGUAGACUAGCAUCGAAAGAUUGCCGCUGCUGCAUCAAGCGCCGCAUCAGAUGCGAUCGGACGAUCCCACAAUGCCAAAAAUGCCAUAUUCGUGGAUUUUCCUGUCCUGGCUUUCCCAUUCUUCAUCUGAGAUGGGACCAGGGUGUUGCUAGUCGAGGACACCUGACUGGCAAAAAGAUCCCUGUCUUGAGAGAGAAACAUCAGACAGAAAAACAAGAUUCCAGGAUUUUCGAGUAUCUGAUUUCGUCUGAGACGAGAGAAACUCUUACCUCAGCGAAGCUGAAUUUGGUGAACAAACAACUCUCGAGUUCAUUAUCCGAAAAACUACUCCAGCACUUCUUGUCUAAUGUCGCAUUUCGACUGACAUGGCUCGAUGGUCCGAGUAACCCAUGGAGAAGUCUUGUUGUCCCUUUAGCAAGCCGAUCAUCAUGUCUUCGUCUGUCUAUACUGGGUCUUGCCGCUGCCCAUCUCUCUGCCAUAGCUACCGAUCAUGACCAAUCAAGCAUGAUGGAAGUCAACACCCGAAUUCGAAAUCAAAUCCUCAAAGUUUUGAGUCAGAAGAUGCGCUUUGAGCUUCACAAGACCCCUGCUUCAUUUGACACGACACCCGGAGAUUCUUCUCUAAUUGAGACACUUGCUUCGAUGGUUGUCCUCUGUUAUGGGGAAAUGCAUAUCCCCGGAUCAAGCGAUUGGAAACUCCACCUCCGCGCCUGCCGUGCUAUUAUUGAAAGACAUGAUCUUCAAAGGCUAUAUCGGCAGUCUCAAAAUGCUGUUCUUAAGUUCUUCAUCAAGGAAGUCGUCGACUUAGAGACGUUCGGCAACGUUUCGGUUUUUGCAACGGACCUCACCACAAGAGAGUAUAUGUCCGAGUCUCCGGCAUCUAAUGACCAACCCUGGACCUUCACAGCACUUGUCAAUGACAUUACUGUGGCCGAAAGGUCACAGUAUGAUAGCCAUGGUGCCCUUUAUACCCCUGUCUUGGAGAAUGUAGACAUGCGGUAUUGGUACGUCAAAAUAUUAAGCGCAUAUGACAAAGCCACAUCCAUGAACACCCUCCUAGCCACAGAUAAUAAAUCUAUGGCGACGCCUUUUCACGCUAUCAUUGAAGCUCAUUAUUAUGCAUGUCUACUCUACAGCUACCAAGCCAUGAUGCCCCAAGCAAGAGAAACUGGAGAACUGCAAUCAAUCUUCGAUUCUCUCUGGCAAAUCGUCGGAUCGCUAGCUGCCAACCCAUCUCUCCAAUUUGCCCACGACAUAUUUUUCCCUCUCUUUAUUGCUGGCACGGAGUGUCAGACGAGAGAGCAGUGCUCCCAAAUUGAAGCACUUUUCAUGCAAUCGAUAUCUGUGACUGGCUUCUGGUGUAAUUAUUCAGUCUUGCAGUUUCUUCGCCUAUUAUGGAACCAGACCGAUGUGGAAGGAGAGAAUAACUGGAUCCAAUUCGCCAGGCUCAACAAGGCAAAAAUUAACACCUUCUGUGUCUUUUAA